CGCGCAGGCGCGCUGCGGGCCGUUAGCUGUCAGGAGCCGAGCGGCGGGCGGGCGGCGGGAUCCGACGUUUGCGCUGGACCCGGUCGACUGAACCCAGCGCGGCGGCUGCUAGGGCGGCGCGGCCCCGGCGCUGGGCCAGGACGCAGAGGCGAGCAGGGACCAGCGGGCGGCCGGCCGCGCAGGAAGAUGGGGAACCGGGAGAUGGAGGAGCUGAUCCCGCUGGUGAACCGUCUGCAGGACGCCUUCUCGGCGCUGGGACAGAGCUGCCUGCUGGAGCUGCCGCAGAUCGCCGUGGUGGGCGGCCAGAGCGCCGGCAAGAGCUCGGUGCUCGAGAACUUCGUGGGCAGGGACUUUCUCCCUCGAGGGUCAGGCAUCGUAACGAGACGGCCUCUUGUGCUGCAGCUUGUUACUUCCAAAGCAGAAUAUGCUGAAUUUCUACAUUGCAAAGGAAAAAAAUUUACAGAUUUUGAUGAAGUUCGCCAUGAGAUUGAAGCAGAAACAGAUCGAGUGACUGGAAUGAAUAAAGGCAUUUCCUCCAUACCCAUUAAUUUAAGAGUCUAUUCCCCACAUGUGUUAAAUCUAACCCUUAUUGACCUACCUGGAAUUACGAAAGUGCCUGUGGGAGAUCAGCCUCCAGAUAUUGAGUAUCAGAUCAGAGAAAUGAUUAUGCAAUUCAUCACACGGGAGAACUGUCUGAUUCUAGCUGUGACCCCGGCCAACACUGAUCUUGCAAACUCAGAUGCACUGAAGCUAGCUAAGGAAGUCGAUCCUCAAGGUCUAAGAACCAUUGGAGUCAUUACCAAACUGGAUCUUAUGGAUGAAGGAACAGAUGCCAGGGAUGUUCUAGAGAACAAGCUGCUGCCUCUUCGCAGGGGUUACGUGGGGGUUGUAAACAGAAGCCAGAAGGACAUAGAUGGAAAGAAGGACAUUAAAGCUGCCAUGUUGGCAGAAAGGAAAUUUUUUCUCUCGCACCCGGCUUACAGACAUAUUGCUGAUCGGAUGGGGACCCCACACCUGCAGAAGGUCCUUAAUCAGCAACUCACGAACCACAUUCGAGAUACCCUGCCAAACUUCAGGAACAAACUACAGGGACAGUUGCUCUCCAUAGAACAUGAAGUGGAAGCCUAUAAAAACUUCAAGCCGGAAGACCCCACCAGGAAGACCAAGGCACUGCUACAGAUGGUUCAGCAAUUUGCUGUGGACUUUGAGAAGAGAAUCGAAGGGUCAGGGGAUCAGGUCGAUACCCUGGAGCUCUCAGGGGGUGCUAAGAUCAAUCGUAUCUUCCAUGAACGCUUUCCUUUUGAGAUAGUAAAGAUGGAGUUCAAUGAGAAAGAAUUGCGAAGAGAAAUAAGCUAUGCAAUCAAAAACAUACACGGUAUCAGGACAGGGUUGUUUACUCCAGACAUGGCCUUUGAAGCAAUAGUCAAAAAACAAAUCGUAAAGCUGAAAGGGCCUUCCUUGAAGAGUGUAGAUCUGGUAAUACAAGAAUUAAUCAACACCGUCAAGAAGUGUACCAAAAAACUGGCAAACUUCCCCAGACUCUGCGAGGAAACGGAAAGGAUUGUUGCUAACCACAUUCGCGAGCGAGAAGGAAAGACGAAGGACCAGGUACUGCUAUUGAUUGACAUCCAAGUCUCCUACAUCAACACCAACCACGAAGAUUUCAUCGGCUUCGCAAAUGCUCAGCAGAGGAGCAGUCAGGUUCACAAGAAAAACACAAUUGGAAAUCAGGGAACCAAUCUUCCGCCUUCAAGGCAAAUUGUGAUUCGCAAGGGGUGGCUAACCAUCAGCAACAUUGGCAUCAUGAAAGGAGGCUCCAAGGGUUACUGGUUCGUCCUUACUGCUGAAAGCUUGUCCUGGUAUAAAGAUGAUGAGGAAAAAGAAAAGAAGUAUAUGCUCCCCUUGGACAACCUGAAAGUGCGAGAUGUGGAAAAGAGCUUUAUGUCUAGCAAGCAUAUCUUUGCGCUCUUUAAUACUGAACAAAGGAAUGUUUACAAAGACUAUCGCUUCCUCGAGCUGGCAUGUGAUUCACAGGAGGAUGUAGACAGCUGGAAGGCAUCUCUACUAAGAGCUGGGGUUUAUCCUGAUAAAUCUUUAGGGAACAACAAAACUGAAAGUGAUGAGAAUGGCCAAGCAGAAAACUUUUCGAUGGACCCGCAACUGGAGAGGCAAGUGGAGACCAUUCGCAACCUCGUAGACUCCUACAUGUCUAUUAUCAACAAAUGUAUCCGAGAUCUAAUUCCAAAAACGAUAAUGCACCUUAUGAUCAAUAAUGUUAAAGAUUUCAUCAAUUCAGAGCUCCUAGCACAGUUAUAUUCUUCAGAGGACCAAAAUACUCUGAUGGAGGAAUCUGCUGAGCAGGCUCAGCGCCGGGACGAGAUGCUUCGAAUGUACCAGGCCCUUAAAGAAGCCCUUGUGAUCAUUGGCGACAUCAACACCGCCACUACGUUCACCCCAGCGCCGCCGCCGGUGGACGACUCCUGGAUACAGCACUCCCGCAGGUCGCCCCCUCCCAGCCCCACCACCCAGCGGAGGCCGACGCUCAGCGCCCCGCUCGCUCGGCCCACGGCCGGCCGAGGGCCCGCGCCCGCCAUCCCCUCCCCGGGGCCCCACUCGGGGGCGCCCCCAGUCCCCUUCCGGCCCGGCCCGUUGCCUCCUUUCCCCAGCGCCAGCGACGCGCUCGGAGCGCCGCCGCAGGUCCCGUCCCGGCCCACGCGGGCCCCGCCCAGCGUCCCCAGCAGACGUUCUCAAGAGGAAGUCCUGGGUCAUAGUUAGUUGCCUUUCCAUUUCACCUAGAGCUGCACUCCUGUCUGAUUCCUUGCUUGGAUCCGUUCGCUGGUUCAUGUUCGUUAAACUACCGGUUGGGACACUGCCCUCUGCAGGUGCUGUAGCAGGCUGUCAACAGGAUGAGGAGUAAUCUCAGCUCACGGGAAGUUUAUAAUGUUGUUCAGAUGAUAAACUAUGUACACAUGCCUCAAACUUUGUAAAUGAUGCAAGGAUUAAGUAACUCAAGAGGAUCGUGAAGAAGUAAGGCAUUUCAGUUCCCGGAAGGGAGAUUCUGUGGGCACCCGCCAACCCAGCUGGCUGAGGCCUCCACAGCCAUUUUGCCUGGAGCCGCUCUGGAGAGGAGCUCAGCAGAGCCCACUGUGGGAGGCGCUCUUCAUGAUUUUAGAAAACUCACAAGCAGUUUCUGGUUUUUGUCCUCUUUUGUUUAGUCUUCUGAGAAAUUCGCCAGAUGUAGCCAAAAAAAAGAGAGGUGCCUUGCUUCUUGUGGUCUGUAGACAAAACCCUUCAUUGUUUUUUUGACCUAUCUCAUCAAUAAGAUAAAAAAGUUGGGCAAGUUGAUGUCAGAUUCUAGUGGCUCCUAGAAACCUGAGAUGCAUAAUGCUCCCAUGAUCCCAAAUGUAAUUGUACGUAAAUUGAAUUUUGAGACAGUUAUAUUUUAAAGCUUCAAUUAUAUUUAAUAAGUAGAACUUGUGGUAUAAAAGAAAUAUAUUGCACAUCCUUUUUUGAUGCAAAUAACUACCGUCUAAGACAGAUAUCGCUCCUCUAGAAGUAUGAAUCUGUGUAUAUCUUUCUUUGAAGGUUUUCGUUUUUUAAAAAAUUUGGGUCCACUUAGCUAAUUAGGCUGGACUUCAGUCACACUUUCUCCAAAGAUGAGAGUUUGGAAUGGACAUUUAGAGAGGCUUACUUUCUCUUACCUACUACCAUUUUCAUAAACAAAUACAAGCUUCCCCAAGCAAGUAGUUACUCUUCUGGUGAUGACUAACAAGAAAACUGCCAUAGGAUAGUAUCUUGGUCUUUACGAAAUAAACCUAAAACUGAUUUGACCCAUAUGUAAGUCUAAUUCACAAAGGUAUCAAAAUAUUCCUACAACCAUUUCUUCAUCUUUCUUAAGAUUUUUUCCAACACUUUCUCUUUUUUGCUCAUACUUUGUCUGGCAGGUGAAUUGAAUUGUUGACAAAGCAAGGUCAAAAUAAUUUAUUAUGCCUUAGAACAGUGGCUUUCAAAGCACAGUCCCAGCAACAACAUCAUCUGGGAACUUGCUAGCAAUGUCUCACCUCAUUAGAAACUCUGUAUGGGACCCAGCAAGUUGUUUUAACAAACUCUCCAGGGAAUUUUGAUGCACAGUCCAAUUUGAGAACUGUUGCCUUAGAACAUGCCAGUGUAACUGCCCAAUAGAAAGAACCUUGGACAGGGAAUCAGGAGAUCUUGGUUUAAGCACAGGAAAGGAAAGACACUAAGCUACAUAGACCCAGUCUGACUCACACAUUAACCAGUCAGAUCUUUCCCACUUCCCAUCCUGAGGAGGAAUAAGGGCAGGGGCAGAAAGACCCAACCAUUUCAGUCAUCAAUAUUAUGCUACCAGGAAGCAAGAAGCUAAAGGUGAUUUCCACCCUCACCCCCCACCCCACCGCUGAUGUACCAAUGCAGUUUGCCCUAGUGAACUCUCCCCCAAUCCCUGUCAAGAUUGGCCUCACGGCAUGAGUCCUGAGAAUCAGCUAACCCAAAGAAGAGCAGAUGAAAUUUAGUUCUUCCAUUCUUAGAAGACAAUCAAACGAGAUACUAAGACAAAUAAUGCAUUCUUCUCUCUUAUCGGUGAAGCCAGUUUCUCCCCUCACAAUGCCACCCACCCUGUGUGAGGAUUUGACUUUCUUAGAAAAUUUGUCAUUGUCCAAAAUACUGUAAACGGUCCAUCCCUGCAGCUACAAAUGCAACUUCAAGUCUUACAUCCUUCCCUUUGAUUUGAAAGCAGAAACAUGGCACUUCUAUCGUAACCAUAAACCGCCCACGCACAACACAGUGUUUCAAUAAACACUAAGUGAUGCAAGAUGCUCCAUUUCAGUAUAAUGGAUUACUUAAUGAAACCCAUCACUAAACAAAGCAACUGAGGAAAAUUUGGUACAAAACAAAUAACUUCGCUUUGCCCAAAACAAACUGUCUUAUGAGCUGAAUGUCUUUGGAAACUCUUUGAAUGGUUAGGAACUGGACCAAUGAAAUUAACCUCAACAGUAAACCUUAAAUGUUUUUUGGUGUUUAAGUUGGCAAACACCUUAGCAUUACUCAUUAAGAAAAUUCUCAAUGAACUACUUAAUACUCCUCUUGAAUUGCUUUCUAAUAGAGUUUUAUAUACAGAUUAUUGGGGGGUUAUUAUUUUAGAAAUAAAAUGAUGCUGGUUUCUUCCAGAAGGUUUGAGGGACUCUUUAGGAAAUUACUAAAUACAUUUACGGGUUACUUUAACCUGAAACUGGGCAUAUUUUAAAGAUGUCAUAAUUGUUUUGAGAGAACAUGAUGGAAAUUUUAUCUUUCAUUCUUUCUGUCAUUAACUCACCACACAGGUUUGCAGUGCCUGUUAGUGUAAGGCCUUAGGGCUUCCCUUAAAGAGUCCACAGUGGAUGGUUUUCCUGAUUUAUUUACUUGAGAAAAAAAAUGCUAUGAUCCAAAGACCAUCCUAAGUUAUUUGAUACGGUGGUGAAUCAGACAAACAAAAGGUUUGGCACAUAGCAGAAAGCUGUAUUCUCGUCUCCUGCUUUGCCUUCUUCCUGCAGUUGCCCACUGCUCUUGUCCGGCUCUUGUCCCAUCAGUGUGGUGCAAGAAUUGGAGGAGGAGAUUACUGAGAGUUGCUGCGCCGUCAGAGUAUUUAAAUCUUCCUAUUCUCUGUCUUCCCUUCAAUCCUCACCACUUAAUUUUUAGUUUCUUUAACCUCAUUAUAGACCUACAUUUUCUGAUGACUUUCAAGUUUUAUAUGCUGCAGUUAAAAUCAUAUUUGCCCCUGCAUUGACCACGUUAUAGUAUUUUCAAGCUCCCAGAAUAUAUUCUCAGAGUCUGAAUUACAAAAUUUUGCCCUAUUUUUUCCACUUAAAGUGGGAUGCUAUAGUAAAACUACUUGCAGAUUUGUCUUAUCCCACUUAUCCUCCACUGUGAAUAGAUUCUGAGUUCUUAAAAAUCCUGUAGCAUAAUGCACUCUACAUAGUAGAUAUGCAGUAAACAUGCGUGCAGUGUAUGACUGGAAGGCACGUUCCAGAUCCUCGAGUCUGUCUCCUGCAUCGUGGAUGAGGAAGCUGAGGCUUAGAGAACUUUAGUUGGUUAAUGAUUGUACAGAUUGGCAGAUGGAGCUAGAAUCCACAUCUUUUGGCUUCUGAUCCAGGACUCUUUCUGUGUAAACUUGUUGCCUCAAGUAUAAGCCUCUGACCAAGGCCUCAAAGUGUUGCGUGCCUGGCCUUGGUGGACCUGCUCACCUUGACCUGGUCUGUACUCUAACCUGGCUAAACAUCUCUGUUUAGGCACUUUUCAGUCAUUCACUUGUCCAUUAUUUAAUAAAUAUUUAUUCACUGCCUUCUAAUCACAUUAUACUAAAUGCUGCAUACACGUAAUAGAUACAGAAGAUGUGGUCUCUGCUCUCAAGAAAUUUGCCAUCUACUCGGGGAGACAGGCAAUAAUCUAGUAAAUAAAUACAUAAUUACAAACAGGGUUAAGUGCUAUGAAGAACACAAACAUCAUGAAUGAUGGGGGCAUGGUUAGAAACUAUAGGAUAGUCAGGAAGGGCAGAGGGAUGACAUUUAAGCCAAGAACAAAAGAAUCAAAAGAGAAUUCAGUUUGCAUUCCUUUCUCUCUUGGCUACAGUCCGUGGUCAAAGCUGUCCCACACACAUGAGACAAUUCCCAACCCACCACACCACGCUGUGUCCUGCCUUUCACUGUGUUUGUGGUUUAAGUUCUACUUUUUUCAAAUAAAAUCCCUUAAUUAAACUUAUCCCAUUAUUGAAACUUCUGGUGGAGAUUCCCUCCUUCAAGCUCAAAUUCUGGCCAACUGUCACUCCCCUGUAACUGCUUAAUUGCUAAGAAUACAUUUCUAUAGAUUGUGUGACUAUUUGUCAAACUCUCUGAGGACAGGGGACCUAUUAUUUACUAUUCCAAACAUCUACUGAAGAACGGAGCAGUCAAAUACUCUGUAGGUAGAGUUUCCAAAGGUCUAAAUCCUAUACGUCAGUGUAGCUUAUUUUUUUGGCAAAAGCAGUGAUUUACUAACGAAUGCCUUUGUAUAAUGUAAAGAUCAGUGGAUAUCAUGAGCAUUCAUUAGUUGUUCCUCACUUGUAGGAGUAACUUUCAUUUAUUCAGUUGUCAAACAUUCAGUGGCUGAAUGACAAACACUGAGCCAGACACGCAGGAAUACGAAGAUGAGUAAGACAGCCCAUUUCUAAUCAGUGGAGAGAAACAUAUAACCCUAAUUAGGAUUCAAUGUGAUGAUUAUUAAUAGAAAUAUAUUGAGAUGCUAUAAAAGCAACUGUAUCAAGAUCGGGGUCAAGAUGGGGGAAAGUGGGUCAGAGAAAACUUCACUGAGGUGAGUCUUGAAGAAUGAAUAGCAGUUCCAGCAGAUGAACAAAAGGACAUUGAGAACGUAACUGCAUGUAACACCAUGCCGAACACUGUGUGAAACAAGUUAAGUGGAUGUGACCUCUGGCCUCUAGAACCUUCGUGUCAAAGGAGAAAAUGAUGCAGGUUCAAGAUUCAGGACAGAAGUUAAAUAAAUACGGUCAUUUUAAAUGAAAAUGAGGAAUAUGCUAGUGAAAGGGCGUGUGUUUUUGCCUGGUCGUAAGUAAAAAGGAAAUUAUGGGAGGAUUUUUCCCAAAAGGGAAUUCCAAAACAUUUCAGGUGGUCACAGUAGCCAGUAGCCUUUAUGCAGGAAGAGGACUUAUUUGUUUACUCAAAUUAAAAAGCUAGUAUUGAUUGGUUUAGUUGUGUUACUGGGCCUAUAAAGUAUCUCUAAUUUUGCUUUCAAAAAUGGAGUGUCUGCUUCAAAUGAGACCAGUGUAAGAGGUUAAGUUGGAAUGCCCCUUCCCAAGGAAACUUUUCCUCUGAAGCCUCUGCAACAUUUUUCGGGUACAGGAAGCAAAAGGAACUCUAUUAAUGUCUAGGCGUUUUUGCCUAAGUGGUCAGUAUUUUAACCAUUAAUCAACAAUAUAUCUUUUGCUUUGAUUUUUUCCUUGACUGUCUAAUUUUAUUUUAUAGCUUUGUGAUUUUUUCAACACAAUUUCAUAAUCGUUUCCUUUAACUUUUCUAACUUCACUUCUUCAUACCUGAGAAAGGACAUUUGAUUUGAUCCAUUUAGUGUUCAGCACAGAAGAAAAUUCCAUGCCAUCACUAUAAUUCCAGAAGGGGUCUUGCUGAAAAAAAUCAAGGGAAAGUUUUAUCAAGAAGAAAGGUUUCAAUGUGUAGAAUUUGUUGAGUUUUGUUAGUUAUAAAAAUCACUCCCCACCAUUCUAACAUAUGAAGGCAAGUACGCACACAAAAAGCUUAUUAAUCCCUUUAGGAAAUAAAUGUCAAGGUUCAGGGAAUAGAGAGCAUUGCUUGGGAAAGUUGAGAUACUUGGGUACAGGGAUAUUUCAUUCUCUGGACUUUGUUUAUUCAGGAACCUCUGCUCUCAGAAACACCAUUACUAUCAGAAAGUGAGCAAGGCUACUACUACUAAGGAAACUUUUAGGACCCAAAAUAGGAACUAGAGCUCACGCAGUUCACUUACUCUGAGCCUGUUUACACUUAUGGUAGAGAACUCUCAAAACCUGGAUUUUCUGAUUUUAACUUUUAAGUUUUAACAAAGGCAAUGAGAAGUGAUAACGUGACAGGGAGAAAAAGAGGAAGAAUAUUUCAUAAAGAGAAAUAAAAAUUCGAACAGAAACCCAUCUGUUUUUGAGGCCUAAUACACCUUAUUACAUCACGUGUCACCUAACGACAGGGAUACGUUCAUUAGGCAAUUUUGUUGUUGUGCGAACAUCACAGAGUGUACUUACACAAACCUACACGGUGUACCCUACUACACACCUAGGCUACAUGGCCUAACCUUACGGGACCACCAUCAUCUAUGCAGCCUGUUGUUGUUACGUGGUACGUGACUGUAGUUUCUGAAGCGAAGGUAACAGUGCAGUUUACUCUAUGUAAUCCUACUGUACUGGCAGAAAUGUGCAGUGUGUUGUAGGUGGCUUUUAAAUGAUUUAAUAUUUUUAUUAGUAUUGGGAGGGAUGGCUUCAGUUUUGAGAAAAAUUUGCCUAGGAAAAAAUACCUCAUUUUUGUUAAAAAAUGCUGAGUGAAUAAAAGGUGACAUUGUUAAAAUCAUUACAGAUGGCACCCACCCCUGCUGGCCUGUCUGUGCAUGAGCAUGUGUGUCAUACGAUGGCUCUUUCUCAGUCUUUGGGACAGCCUUCUGUUAGAUAUUCUACUUGUUUCUUUACCUUUCUCUUUCUCUCUUUCUAGCCGGAGACCACCCCCAUCACCAACUCGUCCCACUAUAAUCCGUCCACUUGAAUCCUCCCUGUUAGACUAAACGAAGUAUCUGGCAUGGCAAUUAAUUACUAAUGAAUUAUGCGAAAGCAAAAUAUUUGAUAACCCUUGCAGUAAGUCAUGAGUAGUCGCAUGUGUGGACAUCAGUAGGCAAGUAACCAGUUUUACUAAUGCGUUCAUCACUCAUCCUCAUUGCUCACGGAUGUCAGACCUCUGGAGUUUGACUCUUGAAAACUGCUGACCCUUCAAGGCUUUGUAUGUUGUAUUGACCAAGGUAGGUUUGUAUAGCAGCCCUCCACUUUGGGGACCAUUUGCCUACCCUGGCAUAUAUUUGCAAUUGCUUUGGACAAGUUUCCCAGUUUACCUACCAAAUGUAAUUCUUAAGCGAUCUGAGAUGGUGGGCUUAGACCUAAACCAUACCUAUUUAUUUUCCCACAUUCUGUUUUGGCUGACAGAAAUUAUGUGUAUUGCUAAUGUUUCCACCUACUCCAUAAUUACCUAUUUAGAGCCUCUUUCCUUCUUCUUUAUUUCAUAAGACUGCUAGGAAGUGAUUUUUAAAAUUAGGAUUCCUUAAGAAUAAAACUUUUCCAGAAGCACAAGGUAGUUUGCGAAGGAAAAGUGAAUGCAUUGCUUGCUCUAAAGAGCUUCUCAUGCCCAUGUGUUUUGCUUCAUGCUAGAAGCACGUUCAACAGCGAAUCAAAGCUUGUUUUUUGGUAGUCAGUCAAAAGAUUUGGCUAGUUAGUUUAGAGUUCAAGGAAGAAGCAAAAUAGCACAUCUCUAGAAGUGUCUGGAAAAAGGUAAUUCCUUUAUUCACUUCUGUACUCAGUUCCUCAUAGGUUACAGUGAACGCUGACGUGGAAAAUGUUUCAUUUUUCAUAUUGACCUAAUUUUAGGCAUGGCUAACUACACUUUGAAACUAACUCUACUUUAUUUUUUUAUUUAUUUGGUUGGUUGGUUGGAGCAAAAAUAUUUCUCUCUUUCCAUGCUAAAGUGUACUUCCUUUAUGUAAGAAAUUUUCCUACCUUUAAAACAGUUUUAAUGUAACUUUCUAUCCAUUCUAGGCUUUCUGAAUAAAUCUUGAGCCUUACUGUAGGAUAAUCAUAUUUAAAGAAUUGAACCUGGAAUGGAAGGAAAAGUCAUUUAGUGAGAGAUGCCAUGGUUUAAGAGCAGAGCUCACUUUUUCACGGUUAUACCACUUCAGAGUUUCUAUCCAGGUCAUUCCAGAAAAUGGCAUUAAGACACUUAGAUCUAAAGCAAAUUGGCGAUUUCUACCAUUUCUGAAUUUUGCAAAAGCCAUUUAGCCUGGAGGUUAAUAGUUCAGUCUUGAGGCUGAGUUUUGGACUACCUAGGACCUAGGAUUAGCAUGUAGGAAACAGCCCGAAGCCAACAGGAAUUUUGUCUGUUAACUGCGCCCAGACAGCAAACCAAGCAUUCACUGAACAGUGGCGUCCCACGACACUAUUUCAUAUUCUACGGAAGUCAAUCAGGUUUCACCAACUGAAAUGUCUCUCUUUGAAAGCAGCAAACAUGAUUUGUAUGUUAACUUAACUUUAAUUUCCUGUGUAGUUUAUACCCAAAGCACACACUCAUAAAGUAUGAAGUAAAAACUUGUAACCAUUAUUAAAAAGAGAACUUGCCAAGUUGAAUGGCAUUGUAUUGAACUUAGUCUAACAGGUUACAGCUAACUCACUUAUAAUAGGCAAAAAUCAGAGAAUUUAAGAUUUAUGAAAAGGGCAUUUCAACUUUUAAGUUACAAGUGAGUGUAUAAAGAACGUCACGUCCCCUCAGUCUUCUCAUAUGUUAUUUUUUCUCAUUGGAAAAAAAAUUAACUUUUUGUGAAUGGAACAGAUGUGCAAGAUACACACUGGCUUUAAAAAUAAUGUCACAGCUAAAUGGAAAUAUGUUAAAUAAACAUCCAUAGUAUAAUAAAUAAUCUAUAGUGAGAUCUUUUCACAAAAUUCCCUCUUUUUAAGAUUCCCUUUGCUUCUUCCUUUGAGUUCUCUACAAUAGGCAGCUAAAGGAUUAUAUACUUCAGGGUUUGGCUUCGUGCUAAAUGUGGUUUUGCGUUUUGCUGUAUUUCAAAAAUUUCCUUCUGUUAAAGGAAAAUAUUGUGGAUAACCACUGGUGUAUUCUCAGAUCAGCACAAAUCAUGUCAAAGAAAAUUGGAGAUUUUUUCCAAGUUUCUUUCCACUGAUCUUAUGCAGUCAUAAACAAUGGCAUUUGUCAUCCUUGGCUUUUGCUCUCAGAUUAUAAUCCCAGUGUCACUGUCCCAGUUGUCUCUGUUUGUGGGUCCAUUUUUGUCCUCUUUUACUUUUAAGUUAUUUCUAAUAGAAGCCAGCCUGGAAUUUCAGCAGUCAUGUUGGAGAAUAUUUUCAGUUUCUGCAGUACUAUGUCAAAGGAUUGGUAUUAAUCCCAUUUCCCAAAGAGUUUGCAUUUUACUGAAACGAGAUGUCUAUGUGAAUGAAGUCGGAAGCUCUAGGAUGUGUGUAGUUUGAAGUGCAGUGUUUAUAUCAGGGCUUAAGAUGGGAAUGUUGCUUAAUGAGCUUUCCAAGUAUUUCCCAUGCCACUUCUAAUCUUCCAUGUGACUUCCUCCUAACUGAUUGCUCUGAUGUUGUCUACACAAUAGAUGUAGCUCCAUCCUGUCUAGUAUAAUAAAAUAAAACAUACAGUGUUUUUAGGAUUUGGAAAAAUAAACUGUAUAUGUUUAUUUGAUAGGUAAAUCUAUUUUAUUGUCACAUGCUAUAUCUUGCAUGCUUAUUGACUAAUUGGAAUAACCAUUCACUCAAUUGUGGACAGAUGAUUGAAAUAGUAUUGAUUUAGAACAGAUAUAUUGCAUUUCCUGAAAUCGACUCCCAAGAUUACUCUUCUGAAUAUUGCUUUUAGCUGUGCUUUGUAACAUAAAAGAGCAGUAGGGUCUGUUGAUUAGCAAAUUGCCUACUAAUUCAGAUACAAACUCAUUCUAUUCCCAAACAUUAUAAGGAAACCAGUACCUGUGACAUAACUAUAAGCCUUCUGAACUUAGAAUUAAAAAGUAGUCAUAUAGAUUAAUUUUAUGACUUUUUAGUAUAGACUGUAGCCAUAAUUCUCAAAUAUGAAAUGGGACCUAAUACCAGUAUGUGAUAAAUGUUGAUGUUUUCUGUGUACAAACCCAUUUUCUAUGCAUGUGUCUAUAUGUAUACAGUAUAUACAUAGUAAAUUUGUUUCUGUAAGUAUCUGUACUUUGUGUCCUUUUGGGUAGGUGGACUUAAGAGCACUUGUUCCAAUGCUGCAAGCAUGAGUGUGAUUGUAUGUGCAUUGUACAUAGAUGUUACGUAUGGGUGUAAAUAUGUAUACAUGUGCUUUGUAUGUGUGAGUAUAAAUAUAUUUUUUAAACUGUGCGAAUACAAGAGGUAGCUUUGAAGGAUCUGCCAUAGGACGUGAUAACAGUGGUUCAUUUCUGAUAACGUACAUGAGGUAUGCAAAAAUGUCUCCACAUUGUGUUCAUGCUGAGAGGCACAAAGCUCAGAAUUACCAUGACGACACGCUAGAGAACAUCCACAAGCAUUUCUAUCUGAAUCCACAGCAGUGCUUUCAAAGAAGAAAUUACCUUGGCUAAUACAGUUUGAUAAGAAGAGUAAGAUCUGGAAACCAACCUUUAAGAUCUCUGAUUAGAAUUAUAAAUUAUCCUUGAAUUGCUGAGCUGAGUCUUGAAAAGCUAAGUCGGUAUACAUAGUCAUUUUUUCUCUAUGGUAAAUGUCAAAAAAUCAAGUAGAGGUUUACAGCAGUGUAAUAAAAGUAGUGUAUAUUUCUGAGUAAAUUUGCUGAAAAUGCAGGGGAGAAGUCAGCUAAUAUCUCAGAGGUAGGUUGUCCAUCCACUUUUUCAGGUAAACAUUCCUCAUUUGGCACACAAUGUGAUUAUUUGAAAUUGACAGGAAUCUCCUUGACAUUGAGCAUAAAGCCUAAAUACUAAGUCUCUGAACUGUGGAACUCAAUGAAAGAAGACAAUACGUGAGACGCGAGCCAUGAGUUUUGCAUCAUUUCACAAGAGGACUGCUAGCUGUGAGCUCCGAGUUAGAAUAAAGCUAGAUGAUUUCAGAGAAACAAUUAUUAGUGGACUAGAUCACUCAAUCCCUUCCUAAAAGUUCCAAUGUGUCUUCUAGAUAAUCUUAAGUCAUCCUGUCUAAAUGGUAUGUUUAAAAUCAUGUGGUGCUCUGUAUUGUGAACUUUAAGAAUAUUUUGAAGCAUAUGUAGUACUUGCACUGCUAUUUGUAUAUAUGUGCAAGAAUGUAUGAAUGUGCGAGAGCAAGAGAGGAAACUCAAGGGAAAGUCUCCUGUUUGUCUUCAGACCUGUUCAUACCAGUAUGUUGGUGAGGCGUCUCACCUUUCUGGUCUGGGGUUUCACACAUGGCUCAGCUCAAGGCAUUUGUUUCUUUUGAAUUUUUACCCUCAAAAUCGUUAAACUUUGCUGAUUAUAUAAUGGUUUCAAAAUGAUGAUAAAAAUUACUCUAUCUAACCUCUUGUAUUGUCUGCUACCAAUUUGACAAAAAAUUUUUCCUCCCAAGCAGAAAUUCCACCAUGACUUGAUUUGAGUUUAAUGUCAUACGUACGGCCUUCGUUUUGCUUGCUUGUCUCCAUUUCUUGUCUCUCUCUUUUCUGAAUCCAAUUCCUCUUUUGCUUUUUUAAGAAGAAGCAGUGUACAGAAGCAAAAUCUUGUCUUCUCUGUUGAUUCUUUAAUUAAUUUGAGCCAGAAUGCUUUUCACUGUCUUCUUAGCACUUUCAGGAUUUCUUAAUGCUGAUACAUGGAUGGACUCUGUGAAUGGAAUUUUUGAAGCAAGUUCUUAAAGCCUGUAUCAUUCUUGAAGGUCACAUGUACCUAUCGUGAAAAUGUGAAGCUGUAUUUCUGAACCUGAAAUAAAUGAUCACAUUUGAAGGAC